GUGGAGGCAGAGAGCCAGGAGCUGGUGGAUGGCUCUCUGAUAGACCUGUGUGGUGCCACCCUCCUGUGGCGUACGGCCGAGGGCCUGAGCCGCACCCCCACCGUCAAACACCUGGAGGCUCUACGUCAGGAAAUCAACGCAGCCAGGCCCCAGUGUCCCGUAGGCUUCAACACCCUGGCCUUCCCCUCCAUGAGACGCAAGGUCCCUCCCUAAUCAAAUACAACCGUAUUUUACCUGACAUAUUUUAUAUUAUUCAAGUAUUUUUUCCCCCCUGGUUUUGUUUUAGCAGAUGCUCUUAUCCAAAGCAACUUACAACAGUUAUUGCAUACAUUUUGGUAUUGGUUGCCCCAGCGGGAAUCAAAUCCACGACCCUGGUGUUGAUAGCACCAUGCUCUAUCAACUGAGCCAAACAUUUCCAUUGGAGUCAUUUAGCAGACGCUCUUAUCCAGAGCCACUUACAGUUAGUGCAUUCAUCUUAAGGUAGCUAGGUGGGACAACCACAUAUCUCCGUCAUAGUGAGGACAUUUCUCCUCAAUAAAGGAGCGAUCAGUAAAGUCAGAGCUAGUAGUGCAGAGAAGACUAGUUGUAGUGCAGAGAAGACCAGUUGUAGUGCAGAGAAGACCAGUUGUAGUGCAGAGAAGACCAGUUGUAGUGCAGAGAAGACCAGUUGUAGUGCAGAGAAGACCAGUUGUAGUGCAGAGAAGACCAGUUGUAGUGCAGAGAAGACCAGUUGUAGUGCAGAGAAGACCAGUUGUAGUGCAGAGAAGACCAGUUGUAGUGCAGAGAAGACCAGUUGUAGUGCAGAGAAGACCAGUUGUAGUGCAGAGAAGACCAGUUGUAGUGCAGAGAAGACCAGUUGUAGUGCAGAGAAGACCAGUUGUAGUGCAGAGAAGACCAGUUGUAGUGCAGAGAAGACUAGUUGUAGUGCAGAGAAGGCAGCAGGGUGUUUCUGUGUUUGUUGUUGCUGCGUCUUGCUGGUGACUAUUCCAUUCUCCCCUUAUGGGAUACUUACAAUGUAUCUAAUCUACUGUAGGACACCCCAGAUGAGAAGCAGCCGUGGGUGUAUCUCCAGUGUGGCCACGUCCAUGGAUACCACAACUGGGGGAGCCACCGGGACAGAGACAGGCUGGACCGGGACCAGGAGGAGAGGGAGCAGGGCCGGCAGGAGGGCCGGAGCAGGGAGUGCCCCAUGUGCCGAGCCAGGGGGCCGUACGUUCCCCUCUGGUUGGGCUGCGAGGCAAGCUUCUAUCUGGACACGGCUCCGCCCACCCACGCCUUCUCACCGUGUGGUCACGUGUGUUCUGAAAAGACGGCAGUGUUCUGGAGUCAGAUCCCGCUGCCGCACGGAACACACACCUUCCACGCCUCCUGUCCGUUCUGCGCCCAGCAACUGAGCGGCGAGCAAGGAUACGUUAGACUCAUCUUCCAGGGCCCACUCGACUAG